AUGGGAAACGAUAACAGCAAAAAUAAAAACCAAGACCUUAAAUCAAAACUAAAAAAUGUUGAGGACCUUGCAUUAAAAUUAAAUAAAAACUUCUCUACUACUCCCUUCCAAUCUGACCUUUUCGAUAAAUUAUCCUUGGAAGUUGACAAACAACGAAAAUUUAUAAAAAUUCCAUGGAUACCUUAUAAAAAUUUUAAGGACAUAAUGUAUAUAAACGAAGAUGGUUAUUUGAAUUAUUCUGCAAAGUUGAGGAGCUUUCCUAAUAAAAUCAAAGAUACAAAAGUUUAUUUAAAGGAACUAAUUAAUUCAAACAAAAUGACACAAGAUGAGUUAAAGCUGAUUGCAACUGAAAUUGAAUACAACGACGAAAAAAAUCUUACUGAAAUUUUGGGAAUUUCUCAGAAUCCACUUACGCUCAAUUACGUUAUAGUCAUUGACUUUUUGUUCUCCGGUAAUAUGUAA